UGUCUUGCUGACUUUUUUGUUCCUUUAUUAUCUAUGUAGUUAGAUCUUUGCUAAUUGAGGAGCACAUGUAUGGCCGAAGAGCAUGUCGAAAAGGAGAACCAGACUUAGUCCUCAGGCUGAGGCUAUUCAGUUUAUUUUAUCUGGACGUGAAAAACCUUGUUUUAAGGUCAAGUGUAUCAGUGACUUUAAAGGACGUGGUGUAUUUACCUGCACACCAAUUGAAAAGGGAUCGUUUGUCGCCGAGUACCGUGGGGAGCUAAUAUCACGAUAUGAACUGGACAAGAGGCAGAAGAAGUACACAGAAAAACAAAAUGCUUUCUUGUUUGAUUUUGAAUGGAACAAUAGUGCAUGGUGCAUAGAUGCGUCCCGCGAAGAUGGCUCGCUAGGAAGGCUGGUGAAUGAUUGCCACAAGUCACCAAAUUGUAAAAUGAGAAGGUUGACAGUCCAGGGUAAACCUCAUCUUUGCUUAUUUGCAAUUGAAAACAUUGAAGCAGAGACUGAAAUAACCUACGAUUAUGGAGAUUCUCAAUGGCCAUGGCGUAAUCUGGCACCAAGUGGCAUGAUCCAGACUCAACAUUCAGGAGACCCAGAAGUGAGCGAGAGACCCAGUUCAUCCUUCCAACAGGCACCAAGUGGCAUGAUCCAGACUCAACAUUCAGGAGACCCAGAAGUGAGCGAGAGACCCAGUUCAUCCUUCCAACAGGCACCAAGUGGCAUGAUCCAGACUCAACAUUCAGGAGACCCAGAAGUGAGCGAGAGACCCAGUUCAUCCUUCCAACAGGCCAACCACUCCACUGGAAUUGCAUGCUUCAAACAUGUACUUACUGCAGAGCAGCUUAGAGUAAAACAGCGUCUGCAAAAUCUGAAGCGUCAUCAUGAUUGUUGUGAGGAUCGUUAUGAGAAGGCUGAAAAAGAGAGAAUUGCGAGAGAGAGACAGGUGACUUUGAGUUUGGUCACCAGAAUUAAUGAUUCUGUUGGACCUCCCUCAGUCGAUGAUGGUGGAUUUCAUGAUGGAAACUCAACAAGCCCAAAUGACCAGAUCUCUAAUGACAUGACUGAUGAAUCUUCGGAUGCUACGGACUAUGAUGAUGCCAACUAUGUUCCAGAUUCAAGUGGCAACUCAUCUGACACAAGUUCUAAUAGUAGAGAUCUAAAAAUCAUAGACAAUCAUCUUCCCCACAAAGUGUUCAAGGAAAUAUCACUGGGGAUGGCUACAGCCCACAGUUCGGAUAGUACCAACAGUUCCUUGGAACAGAGAAGUUUUAGUUCCUCAAAGAUGAGCAGCGGCCAUUGUAGUUCUGGUAUAAUUUGCAGUGACAGUUCAUCAGAAAAGACAUUGCACAGCUCCAUAAAUGUCACUUCAUUGCCAAACACAGCAAAACGAAGCAAGUACAACAAGAAACAAUACUGUCUUUAUUGUAGUAAGGCCAUUUCUAAAUUGGCAAGACACCUCGAAUCCGCUCACAGUACACAGCCUGAUGUUGCAAAAGCUUUGAGUUUUAAUAAGAGAUCUCGCGAAAGAAAAGAUUUGUUACGCUCUCUUAAGAAGAGGGGAAACUUUAACCAUAAUGCCACAGUGGCAAGCAGUGGUGAUGGAGAAAUGGUUGCUUGUCGAAGACCCACUAGAGUCAGACAAUCUAAUGACUUCAGUCACUGCAAGUUUUGUCAAGGACUCUAUGCAAGAGAUUGUCUAUGGAGACAUGUCAGAAACUGCCCUCAGAAGUCUGUUGAGGUGGAGACUAGAGUUGGGCGAAAACGGAUCCACAUUGACCUACCAAAAGCUGAAACAGUUCAUGAAGCUGUUUGGAAGAUUGCUUGUGAAAUGAACCAGGAUGACAUUUCUUUAGUUGUAAGGAGUGAAAGCGACAUCCUUAGUCUUGGCGAGUCAAUGUACAAUGGCAGGAAACCAAAUGAGAAAAGAAAUGAUUACAUACGUCAAAAAAUGAGAGAGAUGGCAAGACUCUUGAUAGCUGCAAGAGCUACAACACCUUUGAAGACCACUGAAGACCUUGUUAUGCCCAGUAAUUUCCCCCACGUGAUACAAGCAGUGAGAUCUGUUGCUGGUUAUGACUUGGAUACCAACUCGUAUAAAACCCCAUCAUUGGCUUUAAAAUUGGGUCACAGUUUGGCUAAGGUUGCAGGCAUUGUGCAAUGCAAUGCCAUCAUUGCAAAUCGCAAUGUCAUCGCAGAGUCUGCCAAGCAAUUUGCCACUCUGUAUGAGAAAAGAUGGGCGGAAUCCAUUUCAAGUGCUGCACUGGGUACACUUCAUCAAGCCAAAUGGAAUAAACCACAUGUUUUACCCUUUACACAGGAUGUGCACCUGCUGCACAAGUUUCUUGCUACUGAGCGUGCUAAGUGCAUGAAGGACCUUGAGGAAGACCCCAACAUCAAAAGCUUUGGGAAUCUUGCACAAGUGACUUUGACGCAGGUGGUACUAUUUAACAGAAGACGGCAAGGGGAAGUUUCAAAAAUAGAACUCCAGGCUUUCGCAUCCAGAAACCGUACUGAGUUGAAUCCUGACAUUAUGAUGGGCCUUACUGAGUUUGAGAGGAAGGUUGCAAAGUACUUUGACAGAGUUGAGAUUCGAGGUAAAAGGUCACGAAUGGUGCCCGUGCUUCUCACACCUGACAUGAUCGCUGCAAUGGACCUCCUCAUUAAAAACAGGAAUGAGUGUCAAGUCCACACAGAGAAUGUGUACUUGUUUGCACGGCCAUGUGUGCUUUCCCAUUACAGAGGUUCUGACUGUUUCCGCAAGUAUUCAAAACAAUGUGGUGCAAAAAACCCAGAGUCACUCACCUCAACAAGAUUGAGGAAACAAGUUGCCACUUUGUCAACAGUACUAAACUUGAAAGAAAAUGAAAUGGAUCAACUUGCUACCUUUCUAGGACAUGAUAUAAGGGUCCACAGGGAAUUCUAUCGGCUUCCAGAGAGUACACUGCAGCUUGCAAAAGUAAGCAAACUGUUGAUAGCAAUGGAAAAAGGAAGACUGUCUGACCUGCAAGGGAAAGGGCUGGAUGACAUUGAAAUCAAUCCUGAAGAUGAAGUAGGCACGAGUGAUGAUGAUUCCAGUGAAGAAACCAUUGCUGACCUACAUCAACAUGAAGGCUCAAGAACUGAGACUUUUGGGGAUCGGACACUUCUAAGGGACUCGCAUGCUUCAACCACCCUGGAUAAUUUGGAGAGCACUUCUGCCUCAACUGUCUUGGACAACGCAAACAUCAGCAACACUCAACCAAGACAUGAUUCCCAGCAGAACACAGCUCUUCAAGUGGUUACAUCCCAAACUUCUUCAAAGUGCUCCACUGCAAAGCAAGCUGGGAAGGUGAGGAGCAAGUGGACAGGUAAUGAAGUGAAGGCUGUGGAGCGGCACAUGAUUCAUUUCAUAACCAACUGCAAGGUGCCAGGUAAAAAGGACUGUGACUCCUGCCUCCAGGCAGAACCAGUGGCUCUGAAAGACCGAGACUGGGCUGCAAUCAAAUACUACAUUCACAAUAGAAUCAUAUCAAUGAAAAGGAAGAUGAAUAGAUAGAACUAGAACAGUGGUUCCCAAACCUGUCCUGGUGUACCCCCAACACUGCACGUUUUCUUUGUCUCCCUAAUCAAACACACCAGAUUCAACUCAUCAGUUCAUCACAUGGGUUAAAAUGAGCUGAUGAGUUGAAUCUGGUGUGUUUGAUUAGGGAGACAAAGAACACGUGCAGUGUUGUGGGUACUCCAGGAGCAGGUUUGGGGAACACUGAACUAGAACAUGUUAACUGUGGCUCAUGUGCAUUUUAAUUUCUGUUGAACUUAGAAAAAUGCUCACUGUGUACGGUUAUAAUCAGUUUCACGUUAGAUAUCCAGCAAAAAUGUUUGUAAUGGGUUUCGUUUUGAUUUUCUCAUUUUAAUUCAAGGAUUGCUAUUGAUGUUUUCUUGUACAAGCAUGCCACCUAGUUUUGACUGAAGCUGCCAUGUUGACAUGUAUUAAUGAGGGCUAUUAAUAAUGGGUUUUUUUUAUCUCCACCCUUCAGACACUAUUUCUUUUUUCUUACUACCUCAGGAUCAUAUUAUAAUGCAUUGUUUCAAGUAACUGACAAUGUCUUUCAUAAAAUAAGGUUUCAAUGUAUAUGUAAUCUAUACCCUCUGUGUCAACAAGCAAGUACUUUAAGGGAUUGUUACUUUCACACACAUUUCCCAGGUUUUCAGUGUUUUGUUUUUGACGCUAAAGAGAGUAGUUCUUUAAUUUCAAAUAAGCUAUGUCUUUUGUACUACCUUAUCCUGUACUGUGGUUGGUUGUUCAAUGCUUUAAAACAUUUGAUGAGGGCUGCCAUUUCUUAAUUUAGUUAAGCCCUAGUUGUAAGUCCACCCAUAUGCAGCAUCGGUUAAGUAUUAUGUCCUUAUGGAUAACUGUUGGAAUAUUCAUGAGGCCAGCUAAUGAAGGUCAAUCAUUUUCAUACUUGUACCUAUUUUGGUUAAGCUAUUAAUACAAGUAAGAAAGACCUGAAGUGUUACCUCUUUCUUUCACAUCAUUCACAACAACAUCUACUACGAAAUUCAUGAAUAGACAGUGAGACAAGCGUGAUUUUUAUUUUUGUCUCAAAUCGUAGGCCUCUCUCCUUGAUCUGCUAGCCUCCUGCCCCCUGAAUACUCUGUGAAAAAGCCGGGUUUUGGGAGACAACACAGGAAUCGUAAUGUCAAAAAAACACUAGGUGCACAGGUUCUGCACCAAAAUGCAACAAACCACAUUCCAGCCAAUCACCGACAAGAUGGCUGCCAUUUUCUAUCGCAGGAAGGACGGAUUCUACAAGAAGUGUUUCUUUUGCAUAAGCUCAUAAGAAUUUUCAAUAUAUCAGCUGUAACU